UAAUGUAUAUAUAUCUAUAUACACAAAUCUUAUACAACUGACAGCAAUAUUUACGUAGAGAAAACAAUAACAUAAUACGAGGUUCGGGAGAAUUGGCAGAAUCGUAAUAAGAUUCGUGACAUAACCUCCUCUUUACAGUGUGUGUGCGCAGAUCCUCUUGGGUCAGGGCAUCUGCGCCCGCCCAUAACAUCCGGUUCACCCACUACGGUAAUCCCGAUAAACUUUUCCUUUCUUAGUGGUAUAAAAGAGUGGACGCUCGCACCUCAGAGUAUCAGUCAGCCUCCACCGCUCACCGUCUUACCUCAAGCUCGCUCCUAUACGCAUCUCAUACUCAGCAGCCAUGGCAGCCAACGCCCUCGCCCCCUUCAUGUACCAGCUGCAGGAGAGUCUCAAUAAUUUCGACCUCAAGAACUGGGUCAGUCAACUGGACUUUAAGACGGCGGGUGUCCUGGCGGUGGUUGUGGUGGGCGUGCUUUUCCUGUUCAACCUUUUCGCCAAACCUUCCUUUCCCUUCCGAAGAAGUCUCUUGACCGCCGCCAACGCCUGGGAAAACAGGGAUCAACUGGGAUUUGGUCCUGCCCUCCGUGGAAGUCGCUCGCUGGAGCCCUUGACAAAUGUCCUUGACGCCCUGGCGGAAGCAGUGAAAAAGUGGGAGGUGCCAGAGGACAGCGCCCUCAGGAACCGUGCUCUUUGAUGGUUUAAAUGAAGUCUUUCAUCAUAUGUCAGCAGCUAUAAAGAGUGAACGACAUCUCUCUCACGUCUCAGCCAAAGAAAAAACGGAAGACCUGGAGGUCUACACUAGCCCACCAGCUCCAUAACUGGUACAGCCAGCCCUCCGAUGCUGAAAUCCACUUAUGAAGACAUGGUGCAUCAUGUAAUGUAACCCAUCCACACAUCUCUAGUAUCAGCUAUUGAUACGGGUAAUGGCUCGAAAGAUAACCUCCACUUAUGGUCUAUUCAUGCCCGUACCACCUUUAGGGUGGUUUAAUCUUUAUCAAUCAAUUAAUCGACAUCUCUCAGUGUUCUAGAACACUGAAGUAAAUGACGACGGACCUCCUGAAGCGAACAACAGUGUUAUCUGAACAAUGAUGUUCAAACAUCACGAAUGGCAACCUUCAGGUGGUUACUAUGACACUAUAGUGAUGAAGUAUAAUAAACCCAAAGGACAUACAAUGUGGUCUUCGACCAUAUAUUUAGUGAUUAGGAUCCGUUACUGAAACAAAAGUGUUCUACGAGUAACUCUGUCAGCGUGUUACGUCGUGUGACAAGUUGUGUGUGGUUCAGGGUGUCACAUUUUAUUCAUUCUUAUAACACUCAUGCUUUCAUUUUGUUAUUUAUUUAUUUGUUACAUAAAAUAAUAAACGUUUUAAUCAGAAUUAUCAUAUUUUAUUCCAGCUUUGAUUUAGAAUUGCAAUCCCGAUUCAGUAAUUUUAGGAUGCUUAUUAAUUGGAUAACAGAGGGAUGCUUGUUUCAGGCCACAUUUCAAGAAUAAAACAAGACCCAAAUAAGAAUUAACUCAUACAUGAUGAUUUUUAACAGAAAAGUAAUUCAUCGGGCCUGACCGGGAGUUGAACCCGGGAUCUCUCGCACCCUAAGCGAGAAUCAUACCCCUAAACCAUCAGACUACUAAGGCGGAUAGAACAUUAUGUUUAACUUUCUAAAGCAACUACAAAGUCUUCUUAUCAUCAUAAAGUUAUUAUUAUUAAUUUAAUUGUGACGACGACCCCAUUUCGGACGACGAACGCGUCUGAUGAAAUGAAAAGUCAAAUAUCAUAUCAAAAAUAUCAAAUUAUCAAAUUAUCAAACUAGCUCACCGCAUAUAAAGGUCUGAUAAAGAUCUUUUGUGCUCUCUGUAAUCCUUUUUGCGCUACCGCUCACAGAUGAGGAUGGGGUGCACAAUAAACUAGUAUAUCAAAUGGCCAACAUGCGUCUGUUCAACUUUUACAAUUAAAGAUUUAUAUGAAGCCCAAUAAUUCACUGUAUUCCUCCUUAGUUUUAAGUAAACUCUAAUACUAAAUACUCGUUUAACUGUAGAAAAUACGCGGUUAGUUUUAGAAUUGGUAUUGAAUUGUAUAGGAAUGUCGUCGAUGUUGAAUUGUAUAGGAAUGUCGUCGAUGUUGAAUUGUAUAGGAAUAUCGUCGAUGUUGAAUUGUAUAGGAAUGUCGUCGAUGUUGAAUUGUAUAGGAAUGUCGUCGAGGCUCAACUUAGCCAGGCUGAACAUAAAGUUUCCUGUGAAGGGUCGUCGACUUUCACUUUCUAUCGCGUCCUCACUCUUUGUGAGGGCGAUCGAUGAUUGGCCACAACAACGCUGCUGCACCUCUUGAUAAACUAGUAUUUUAGACAUGUCGUCAACUACAAUGACGAAAUCUUUUCAGUGCUCGUAAAUAAAUUGGCAUUUAUACUUUUUUAAUAAAUUAAGGAUAGAAGAUCAAUUUGGUUUCAAUAAUAAUUUUGGAAAAUACAUUUUGUGUAUAAGAUGUAAAUACUCGUAUAUUAGUUUUAAUGACCAGUUUUGGAAUAUUAGAUAAACUUAUAACUAGUUUUUGAUGUACACUGUAUAAUCUUUCAUAUAGAAUAGGGUAACAGCACAUUGCUUUGUAUACCUAAGUUUGUUAAUAAAACAAAACUUAAAUAAAGUGAUUAUUCGGCAAUUCCACAUUUCUCUCUAAUCUUGCAAACUUCAUAAUGACAGCAACUGCUUCCUAGUGACGUCACGAUACUUCAAGGACGCGACUUUUCCUCCUCCAGAAAGUUUAUAUUAUAAUUACUCUUCUAGGAAUAAAAAGCAUUUUGUUACCAGGAUGCAGAGCAUCAACUAGGUUAUUACGGUCUCACGGGAAAUACUAAAUAACCUGAACAAAUCCACAAGGGCCGUGACGAGGAUUCGAACCUGCGUUUUAUUACUAAGUAACCUGGCAGAUCGGCUUGUAUAUGAGGAGCCGGAUCCCAUAAAAUGCAUGUUCGGAUAAUUAUACAGGGUUACACAAGAGUAGGGGUUAUUUCAUCUUAAACUCGGAGAAAAUUCAGUAGUUUAUAAAUGCAUCUAAAGUAACAUUGCAUUAAAUAUCAUUUCACCUUAAUUAUAGUUGUCAUCCCAGAGAGGCAUGGCCGGGAACCGGGCCGCAGGGACGUUCAGCCCCGAAAUCAUUGCAAGGUAACCGCAAGGUAGGUAGUCUAAGAUCACAACGAUCUGUCUCUUUACAUCUAAAUAGCAACUGUUAUCCUUUAGCAUAAUGUUUAGACUUGUAUCAGUCAUUUUGAUUAAUAUAUACAUUGUAUAAUGUUGUGCCUUACAAGAGUACUGGCUCAUUUACCAGCAGCAAUAACUAUAAUUAAACAUUAGGUGUGCAUAUAAAUUAUUAUGAUCAAUACCAAACAACAUCGUAUUGGACUGUGAUUAAGAAUUAUUUUCACCCUUUAUUUAUUUAUUUAUUUAUUUAUUUGCGCUACGGUAAAAAUAAACUACCGCUAAUAGGAUGAGCAUAGGGUGCACAAUAAACUCGCAGGAUAAGUAUUGGGUGUACAAUAAACUAUACCGUUAAAGAUGAGUAUCGGUUCAAACUAUCCCCAAGCGAUGAGUAGAGUUGCACAAGAAACUAUUGCUCGCAGUAUGAGUAUUUGCUGCUCAGUAAAACUACCACUGAAAAUAAGUACGGGUUUACAAACUACCCUCCUCACAAUGAGUAUGGGAGGCAUAAUUAAUUACCGUUAACAGGAUGAGUUUGAGGCACAUAAUAAACUGCUCACUCACAGGAAGAGCAUGGGGUGAACAACAAACUAGCAUCUCAUAGGAUAAGCAUAGAAUGAACAACAAACUAGCCUAGCCGCUGUCGAAAGCAAUAACAAAUUCUUCCAGACUUAGGACACUCCUGCUGUGAACACAAACAUGAGGGUGAGUGAUGCAUAUGAUCACUAAUACCCUACUGCUCGCUAAUACCCUACAGCCAAUAGGUAAUUGCGCCAGUGGCCAGGGAUGUCUUCUACAUCCGGUAUACCCGCUGUGGGAAUGUCCAUGAGCCUUUCAUUUUCGCGGUUAUAUAAAGGACGGCGUCUCAGUCCAGGUACUACAAGUCCACCGUUACUCGCCGCGCAACCUGGCCCUCGCUCCAAGAUAGGCUACUGAGGUAAGAGUUUAUGUAACAGGAUUCAGAGGCGCAUAGUAGUCGGGAACUGAGCCCACGUGAUCUUUUGGAUAAGCAAGGUUCAUUAAUAGCAAUCAUGUAAAAUAUACGUACACGUUAAUUCAUAAGGAGAGCGGCAUGUCAGUUUUUAUUAAUAAUAACUACAUUUGUUAUGGCUAUUGUAUAUGUUAAUAAAUCUAUUCAGUUAGCAUGUAACAGUACAGCGAAAUCAGCUAACAGCUCUGUGAUUUCAUGAAAACUUUUUCAGGCACCAUGUCAACCAACGCGCUAGCCGCUCUCGUCCCUCUCAUGUUCCAGCUGCAGGAAAGCUUCCGCACUGCUGACCUCAAGCACUGGGUCAGUCAACUGGACUUGCAGGAGUUGGGUCCCCUGGGGAUAGUGGUUAUUUGGGUGGUCUUCCUACUGGACUUGUUCUUCAAGUCAUACUCUCCUUACAAGAGCCUACUGCCCUCCACUCUCCCUAUCAUCCCCUCCACAUCCCGUCCCUUCUCUCCUCCCUCCACCACCUCAUCCCCCCACUCCUGGGACGACACGUAUCGGCCAGGUCCUACCUAUGAUAAUCCUGAAAAGUAAGUUUUAUAAUUUUUAAGUACUGGUAAUAUCAGUGUGCAAUAAUGACUAAAUAUUGGCUAAAUCACAGAACAUAAGAUGUAAAAAUCAUGAGGAUAAUUCAAAUAAAUAUAUAGUAUUUAUCUAUUUAUCUACCUUUCACUAAUUUGUUUAUUAUAAAUCAUUGUUCAUCUCAUCUUGAUAAGUAUUUAUUUUAUUCUCUAGAGUAACUACACCUAGAAAGUGUACCUAACCCUAAAUUCCCUCAACAGCAGUUCACUGGAACCUUGGGUAAAUGUACUGGACGCCCUGGCGGAGGCGGUGAAGGCAUGGGAGGAGCCUGAAAUCACUCCCCUAAGAAAUAGUUUACUUUAAUAGUAUAUAUCUGAUGUCUUCAACAUAAUGAUUGAAGCGGAGAAGACCAGAGGCAUAUACAAAUAAGGAAGCACAGUUUUCACGAAGUCACGCCGUGUGAGUCAGUCUUCAUGAAGUCAUGAUGUGAGAAUCAUAGUCUUCAGCAAGUUACGCUGUGUGAACCACAUUCUUCAGGAAGUCCCGUUGUGUGAGUCGCAGUCUUCAGGAAAUCACACUGUGUGAGUCAGUCUUCAAGACGUCACGC